UCGCAUCCUACGUGCAAUAAGAAUUGCUGCCCGUUUAGGCUUUCGUAUUUCCAAGGAAACAGCUCAUUCUGUUAAAAAUUUAUCUUACUCAAUUCUUAGGCUUGAUAAGGGAAGGCUCCUCAUGGAAAUGAACUACAUGCUAGCUUAUGGUUCUGCUGAAGCUUCUUUGAGGUUAUUAUGGAAAUUUGGACUUCUAGAACUACUUCUACCUAUUCAGGCAGCAUAUUUUGUUAGCCAUGGUUUUCGAAGACGUGACAAAAGGACUAAUAUGCUUUUGUCCCUUCUUUCUAACUUGGAUAAACUUCUUUCACCUGACAAGCCAUGCCACAGUAGCUUAUGGGUUGCGAUCUUAGCAUUCCACAAAGCACUGUCCGAACAACCUAGGGAUCCAUUGGUGGUUGCUGCAUUUAGCCUUGCAAUUCACAAUGGUGGAGAUAUGCUAGAAGCAGUAAACAUUGCUAGGAGAAUCACUAAACUACACGAUGUUUGCUUUAAUGAAUUAUCAGAAACUCAGGAUUUGAACCCUCGAGCAUUGAAAGAUGAGGUUGUGAAUCUUGCAACAUCUCUUAAGCGUGCGCUAAACCAUAUGACUGAUGAGCAAAUAGUCUCUGUGGCGAUGGCAGGGUACCCACAAGCACCAUAUUCUGAUCUGGUAUUUAUCCCAUGGGGGUUAUCUCUGAGGGUCAGCAGGGUUUUUAGUUGCGUAACGUCUGGUGCAGAGAGGGGAUUUGUGCCAAAGCAAGGCAGCAAGAUUGAUUAUGAGUCAUUGGCUGUGGGAAACCUGCCGGAAGUUCGGCAUAUUUUUGCAAGAGUUGUGUUUGAUACCAUAUAUCCGCUUAUUCUAAAUCGUGACAAUUUUGAAACAUGAAUACUUGUUUGUGAGAACAAUUUAAAAAAAUUUAUAACAGUAAAUCAUGGGAAUUGUUUUUUUUUUU